AGUUUCAUGUGUAUUUCGCAUCUAUCCCUCUCAUUUCAGUGGUGUCACAUGGCAGUAUUGUUUCUGUCUUGUUGAUUUUUAGACAGAAGUUGUGUUCUUCAUUACAGUGUUUUAUCAUCUGUUUUAGCAUCAACAUGUGGAUUACUGUAUCUCUCUUCGUGCUCGCUUUGACCGCGCAGGUGUGGGCCAAAGUUUGCCCAUGUGCACGAGAGGAACUCUGUGAACCCGUCCGAUCCCAGCCGGCGUUUGAGGUUUUUGUAUUUGAUGUUGGGAAAAAGGCUUGGAAGUUUUAUGACUGGACCAAAGUGACAACGGUUGCAGCUUUUGGAGAAUAUGAUGCUGAGCUCAUGUGUUAUGCUCACUAUAAAGGAGCUCGUGUGGUCCUGAAAGGAGAUGUACCACUUUCAUAUAUUGUGGAUCCAGUAAAUAGGACAGCUUGGAUUCAGGAAAAAGUCCAGUUGGCAAAGAGUCAGUUCAUGGAUGGAAUAAACAUAGACGUUGAGCAGGCAGUGGAGACCAGUUCCCCUGAAUAUUAUGCUUUGACAGCCCUUGUCAAGGAAACCACUGAAAGCUUCCACACAGAGAUCCCAGGCUCUCAGGUAUCAUUUGAUGUGGCUUGGUCGCCCAAAUGCAUUGAUAAGCGUUGCUAUGACUACCUUACCAUUGCAGAUUCAUGCGAUCUCUUGUUUGUUAUGUCCUAUGAUGAGCAAAGCCAGAUCUGGGGUGAUUGUAUUGCCAUGGCAAAUGCCCCCUUCAUUCAGACACUGACAGCUUAUGAUCAAUACAUCAGCAUGAACAUAGAGCCAAAGAAACUUGUUAUGGGUGUUCCAUGGUAUGGUUAUGACUACAGCUGCCUUAAUUUCACAAAGGAAGGAACAUGUGCAAUUCCAAAAGUGCCAUUCAGAGGGGCUCCAUGUAGCGAUGCAUCCGGUAAACAAAUUCCCUACAGCAUCAUGAUGAAACAGAUCAACAGCUCAAUUUCAGGAAGACUGUGGGAUGACAACCAGCGAGCUCCAUAUUAUAAUUACAAGGACACAGAAGGCAGGGUCCAUCAGGUGUGGUAUGAUGACCCUGAAAGCAUUGCUCUGAAGGCUGCCUAUGUAUCACAACAUGGUCUGAAAGGAAUCGGAAUGUGGAACGGAAAUCUCCUGGACUACAGUAGUGAUCCAAUCGCCCAGCAACAGACGGAGGACAUGUGGAACGCCCUUACACCUGGGGAACACAGGGAGUCUGCUGCAGUCUUAUCACAAACUGAAUAAAUAGCACACUACAUUUCAGCAAGCCUAAAACCUUUUAUUUAAUUGAAAAUUAACUGACAUUGCCACAUUUACUAAAUGUAAUCAUUUGUAUGAUCAUAAUUUGCUGCUCAAUACUGCACGAUGAUUCUAAAUCAGCAUAAGGCAGGGUUCUGCAGGUUUUAAAAUGUAAUUAGUCAUUCCAAUCAGAGCAGAAAGUCUCAAAUUUAUAAAGGCAUAGAAUGAAAUGCUGCGUACACUGCAAAAUAAAAAAAAAUGU